GUUAUCGAGCUUGACUUCGACCAGUUACCUGAGGGUGAUGAAGUUAUAAGUAUACUGAAACAGGAGCACACCCAGCUGCACAUAUGGAUUGCCUUAGCGCUGGAGUACUACAAGCAGGGGAAGACAGAAGACUUUGUGAAGCUGCUGGAAGCUGCUCGCAUCGAUGGGAACUUGGACUACAGAGACCACGAAAAAGAUCAGAUGACAUGCCUGGACACUCUGGCAGCCUACUAUGUCCAGCAGGCUCGGAAGGAGAAGAACAAAGACAACAAGAAGGAGCUCAUUACACAGGCUACCCUGCUGUACACCAUGGCUGACAAAAUUAUCAUGUAUGAUCAGAAUCACUUGUUGGGAAGAGCCUGCUUUUGUCUGCUUGAAGGUGAUAAGAUGGACCAAGCUGAUGCACAAUUCCACUUCGUGCUCAAUCAGUCUCCAAAUAAUAUCCCUGCCCUUCUUGGUAAAGCUUGCAUUUCUUUCAACAAGAAAGAUUACAGAGGAGCCCUUGCCUACUACAAGAAAGCACUGCGUACCAAUCCAGGCUGCCCUGCUGAGGUUCGGCUCGGGAUGGGCCACUGCUUCGUGAAGCUCAACAAGCUGGAGAAGGCUCGGCUGGCCUUCAGCAGGGCUCUGGAGCUCAACUCCAAGUGUGUGGGGGCCCUGGUUGGACUGGCUGUGCUGGAGCUCAAUAACAAGGAGGCUGAUUCCAUCAAGAAUGGUGUUCAGCUCCUCUCUAGGGCUUACACAAUUGAUCCCAGUAAUCCAAUGGUGUUGAAUCACUUGGCGAAUCACUUCUUCUUCAAGAAGGACUAUGGUAAAGUGCAGCACUUGGCUCUUCAUGCCUUCCACAAUACAGAAGUGGAAGCAAUGCAGGCAGAGAGCUGCUACCAGCUGGCCAGGUCUUUCCAUGUUCAGGAAGAUUAUGAUCAAGCUUUCCAGUAUUAUUACCAGGCCACUCAGUUUGCCUCAUCUUCCUUUGUACUUCCAUUUUUUGGGUUGGGCCAAAUGUACAUUUAUCGAGGGGACAAAGAGAAUGCGUCGCAGUGCUUUGAAAAGGUUCUGAAAGCCUAUCCUAACAACUACGAGACCAUGAAAAUCCUUGGAUCUCUUUAUGCAGCUUCAGAAGACCAGGAGAAACGGGAUAUUGCCAAGGGACAUUUGAAGAAAGUCACAGAACAAUAUCCUGAUGAUGUAGAGGCCUGGAUUGAGCUAGCCCAGAUUCUAGAACAGACUGAUAUACAGGGUGCCCUGUCAGCCUAUGGCACAGCCACACGCAUUCUGCAGGAGAAGGUACAGGCUGAUGUUCCCCCAGAGAUCCUCAACAAUGUGGGUGCUCUGCACUUCAGACUGGGGAACCUCGGGGAGGCCAAGAAAUACUUCUUGGCGUCACUGGACCGUGCCAAAGCAGAAGCUGAGCAUGAUGAGCAUUACUACAAUGCCAUCUCUGUCACCACGUCCUACAACCUGGCCAGGCUCUACGAGGCCAUGUGUGAAUUCCACGAGGCAGAAAAGCUGUAUAAAAACAUUCUGAGAGAACAUCCUAAUUACGUUGAUUGCUACUUACGAUUGGGAGCGAUGGCUAGGGAUAAAGGGAAUUUUUAUGAGGCUUCUGAUUGGUUUAAAGAAGCACUUCAGAUAAAUCAGGACCACCCGGAUGCUUGGUCUCUGAUUGGCAACCUCCAUUUGGCUAAGCAAGAGUGGGGGCCAGGACAGAAGAAGUUUGAAAGAAUCCUGAAGCAGCCCUCCACACAGAACGACACUUACUCCAUGCUGGCUCUUGGCAACGUCUGGUUGCAGACUCUACACCAGCCUACAAGGGACAGAGAAAAGGAGAAACGCCAUCAAGACCGUGCACUGGCCAUCUACAAGCAAGUCCUCAGGAAUGAUCCAAAGAAUUUGUAUGCUGCUAAUGGCAUAGGAGCUGUCCUGGCACACAAAGGGUAUUUCCGUGAAGCUCGUGAUGUGUUUGCCCAAGUGAGAGAGGCAACAGCAGAUAUCAGUGAUGUGUGGCUGAACCUGGCACACAUCUACGUCGAGCAGAAGCAGUACAUCAGUGCUGUGCAGAUGUAUGAAAAUUGCCUCCGAAAGUUCUAUAAGCAUCAAAACACCGAAGUAUUGUUAUAUUUGGCGCGGGCACUGUUCAAAUGUGGCAAGUUACAGGAGUGCAAACAGACUUUGCUCAAGGCCAGGCACGUGGCGCCGAGCGACACGGUGCUCAUGUUCAACGUGGCUCUGGUGCUGCAGCGACUGGCCACCUCCGUCCUCAAGGACGAGAAGAGCAACCUGAAGGAGGUGCUUAAUGCUGUCAAAGAGCUGGAGCUAGCACACAGGUACUUCAGUUACUUGAGUAAAGUAGGUGAUAAGAUGAGGUUUGACUUGGCACUUGCUGCUACGGAAGCCAGGCAGUGCUCUGACCUGCUGAGCCAGGCCCAGUACCACGUGGCUCGGGCGCGCAAGCAGGACGAGGAGGAGAGGGAGCUGCGUGCCAAGCAGGAGCAGGAGAAGGAGCUGCUCCGCCAAAAACUGCUGAAGGAACAGGAAGAGAAGCGCCUGAGGGAGAAAGAGGAACAGAAGAAACUUCUGGAACAAAGAGCUCAAUAUGUGGAGAAAACCAAGAAUAUCCUGAUGUUCACUGGUGAAGUGGAAGGAUCAAAGGAGAAGAAACGUGGUGGUGGUGGAGGCAGGCGUUCCAAGAAAGGCACAGGGGAGUUCGAUGAGUUCGUCAAUGAUGACAGCGAUGAGGAUCUGCCCAUAUCCAGGAAGAAGAAGAAGAGGAAGGGCAGUGGCAGUGAACAAGAUGGGGAGGAAGAGGAGGGUGAGAGGAAGAAGAAGAAGAGGAGGAGACCCCAGAAGGCAGAGGAGGGGAGUGAGGAUGAAGAACAUGAAAAUGGGCCACGACCGAAGAAACGACGUCCACCCAAAGCAGAGAAGAAGAAGGCUCCCAAACCAGAGCGUCUUCCUCCCUCCAUGAAAGGAAAGAUCAAAUCCAAGGCCAUCAUUUCAUCCAGCGAUGAUUCUUCUGAUGAGGAUAAACUCAAAAUUGCUGAUGACGGCCACGCGCGGAAC